ACGGGGCGGAGCCGGCAGGGUUGAAGGGACGAUAGGCGGCGGAGAGAGCUGGCGCAGCUGCCGUGGCGGCAGCGGCUGAAGUGGCGGCCCCUGCGGCGGCUGCAACAGCUCCGGGCUCGGGGCUUUGGCGGCGGCGCCGGCGGGCUGGGCUGCGCGGUGCGGACCCCGGCGCGCGGUUCGGACCCCGGCGCGCGGUUCGGGUUGCUGGGGCGGCGCGUAAGAUGCCUCUGAUGGAGUUUCUGAGAAGCACCUCUGGGCCAGUGGCUUUGAACGAGAGCCCAAAGCAGAGACUAUUUAAAGCUCUGGACAUCGCAUCCUGAGGGCUGCAGGAGAGAACAUGGCUGUGAGUUUAGAUGACGACGUUCCCCUCAUCCUGACCUUGGACGAGGGUGGCGGUGCCCCACUAGCUCCCUCCAACGGCCUGGGCCAAGAGGAACUGCCUAGCAGAAAUGGAGGCAGCUAUGCCGUCCAUGACUCCCGGGCCCCCAGUCUAGGCUCAGGUGGGGAGAGUCCCCCAUCGAGCCCCGCCGGACACAACUGGGAGAUCAAUUAUCAAGAGGCAGCAAUCUACCUCCAGGAAGGCGAGAAUAAUGACAAGUUCUUCACCCACCCCAAGAACGCCAAAGCGCUGGCGGCCUACCUCUUCGCACACAACCACCUCUUCUACCUGAUGGAGCUGUCCACGGCCCUGCUUCUGCUGCUGCUCUCUCUGUGUGAGGCCCCUGCUGUCCCUGCGCUCCGGCUCGGCAUUUACGUGCAUGCGACCCUGGAGCUGUUCGCCCUGAUGGUGGUUGUAUUUGAGCUCUGCAUGAAGUUGCGGUGGCUGGGCCUCCACACCUUCAUCCGACACAAGCGGACCAUGGUCAAGACCUCCGUGUUGGUGGUGCAGUUCAUCGAGGCCAUCGUGGUGCUGGUACGGCAGACAUCCCAUGUGCGUGUGACCCGGGCCCUGCGCUGCAUCUUCCUCGUGGACUGUCGGUACUGCGGCGGCGUCCGGCGCAACCUGCGACAGAUCUUCCAGUCCCUGCCGCCCUUCAUGGACAUUCUCCUGCUGCUGCUCUUUUUCAUGGUCAUCUUCGCCAUCCUUGGUUUCUACCUGUUCUCCUCUAAUCCUUCAGACCCGUACUUCAGCACCCUGGAGAACAGCAUCGUCAGUCUCUUUGUCCUUCUGACCACAGCCAAUUUCCCAGAUGUGAUGAUGCCCUCCUACUCCCGGAACCCCUGGUCCUGUGUCUUCUUCAUCGUCUACCUCUCCAUUGAGCUGUACUUCAUCAUGAACCUGCUUCUGGCCGUGGUGUUCGACACCUUCAAUGACAUUGAGAAACGCAAGUUCAAGUCUUUGCUGCUGCAUAAGCGAACCGCCAUCCAGCACGCCUACCGCCUGCUAAUCGGCCAGCGGAGGCCCGCCGGCAUCUCCUACAGGCAAUUUGAAGGCCUGAUGCGCUUCUACAGGCCCCGGAUGAGUGCCAGGGAGCGCUAUCUGACUUUCAAGGCCCUGAACCAGAGCAACACACCUCUGCUCAGCCUGAAGGACUUUUAUGACAUCUACGAAGUCGCUGCCUUGAAGUGGAAGGCAAAGAGAAAUAGAGAACACUGGUUUGAUGAGCUUCCCAGGACAGCGUUCCUCAUCUUCAAAGGAAUUAAUAUCCUUGUGAAGUCCAAGGCCUUCCAGUAUUUCAUGUACUUGGUGGUGGCCGUCAACGGGGUCUGGAUCCUCGUGGAGACCUUCAUGCUGAAAGGCGGGAACUUCUUCUCGAAGCACGUGCCCUGGAGUUAUGUCGUCUUCCUGACCAUCUACGGGGUCGAGCUGUUCCUGAAGGUGGCUGGCCUUGGCCCCGUUGAGUACCUGUCCUCCGGGUGGAAUCUGUUCGACUUCUCUGUCACGGUGUUCGCCUUCCUGGGACUGCUGGCUCUGGCCUUCAACAUGGAGCCCUUUUAUUUCAUAGUGGUCCUGCGUCCCCUCCAGCUGCUGAGGUUGUUUAAGCUGAAAAAGCGCUACCGCAACGUGCUGGACACCAUGUUUGAGCUCCUGCCCCGGAUGGCCAGCCUGGGCCUCACUCUGCUGACCUUCUACUACUCCUUCGCCAUCGUGGGCAUGGAAUUCUUCUGUGGGACCCUCUACCCCAACUGCUGCAACUCCAGCACAGUGGCCGACGCCUACCGCUGGCUCAAUCACACCGUGGGCAACAGGACUGUUGUGGAUGAAGGCUACUAUUAUCUCAAUAACUUUGACAACAUCCUGAACAGCUUUGUGACCUUGUUCGAGCUCACGGUUGUCAACAACUGGUACAUCAUCAUGGAAGGUGUCACCUCUCAGACCUCCCACUGGAGCCGCCUGUACUUCAUGACUUUCUACAUUGUGACCAUGGUGGUGAUGACUAUCAUUGUCGCCUUCAUCCUUGAGGCCUUCGUCUUCCGUAUGAACUACAGCCGCAAGAACCAGGACUCGGAAGUUGACGGCGGCAUCACCCUCGAGAAGGAGAUCUCCAGGGAGGAGCUGGUGGCUGUCCUGGAGCUCUACCGGGAGGUGCGGGCCGCCAGCUCGGACGUCACCCGGCUGCUGAUGGUCCUCUCUCAGAUGGAGAGACACGAGCAAAACUCCGUGGUGUUUCUGGGACGGAGAUCAAGGACCAAAAGUGACCUGAGCCUAAAGAUGUACCAAGAGGAGAUCCAGGAGUGGUUCGAGGAACACGCCCGCCAGCAAGAGGAACAGCGGCGACAGCUUGGCGGCAGCAGCCAGGUCCCCCCCUCCCCGCAGCCCCCAGGCGGCCGCCAGCGCUCCCAGACCAUCACCUAGCCCCUGCGUGCGGAAGCCAUCUCUUCUAUGCAAUAACACAUAGUAUUAUUUUACUACGACGUAUUGAAGAAAAAAGGUGUGUGCGCGUGUGUGUAUGUAAACACACACGCGCACACACUCAUAUAUAUGCACAUAUUUAUAUAUAGGAAGAGAGAAAAGACAAGAUGGGGUCUGGUGUGUAACCACCUUGCCCUGUUUUCCUUAACCCCAAAUGUCACUUUGGUUCGGGGGGGUUGGGCCACCGUGAACUCUUUUCCUAACGUGGAAAGUUCCAGAAGGCCCCCUCAGAAGAAGACCACUUGGGUAGAUCCCGCCGAUCUCUGCAGGGCCUGCCUUCAAAGUGGGCCAGCCCUCCCCAGGCCAGCUCCAAACCGUCUUCCCAGUGGCUGCUCUCACACUCUCGCCCUAGCUGACAGCUUCCCACUAACUUGCCCCGCGGCAUGGGGUUCCUGGGCGCUGCUUUAGGGACAAAACCACUUAGGAGGAAAGAGCCUACAUCCUCGGGGUUAGUAUUUCUAUAUAUAUGAUAAUGUAAUAGAACAUUCCAUUGGGGGAACAGUGCCUAGGACCUAAUGGAAAGAGUAAUCAAGGGGUGUGAUUGUACCCAUGCGGUCAGAUCUCAAUUAGCCGGUGCUGGGCAGCGAGAGACUGUGAGUUUCACGCCCUGGCUCAGGAGGCUUCUCUCCCACGCUUCCUUUGGUUUAACCCUCUUUGCCGCAAAUCCUUCUGAAGUGGGCUCCAUUAGCACCUCAGCCCAGCGGGAGGAGGAAAGCAAGCAAGAGACCGGGCCGAGGGCUACCACCCCGGAGCAGCUCCUGAAAUGGGCUUUCUCCACAAAGUCCCUUCUCCUUGUGAUGGUCUCGGUCGAGCAGACGCUGGGUCACACGGCAGGCCCUUCCCAUUGUGCAUCAGGGCCUGCUGCGGGGCAGAAGCUCGCCGCGGGAUGGCCACGGCAGCCCUGUGGCUGAGCCCCUGCCCGGCCACGCGGACAGCUCCCUCUGCGCCUUGAGCAGUCACCUCCGUGGACUGGACCAAGGCCAGACCCGGGGGGCGGUGGGGGUGGAGGGGGCUCCACUCUGCGGUGUUGCAUUAGCAGAGGUGGUUGAUGCACAAGUAGGUCUGGGUGAGCCCUCGAUCUUGGGGGAGUUCUCGCUGAGGUCAGUGUGGCUGGGGCAGGCCCGGUGCUUGAAUCCAGAGAAGGCGACGGGUGGCAGCUCCUGUGAGCGCGGCUGGUGGCACAGCAGAAGCGGGGUGCUGGGCUGCAAACCUAGCCUGACAUCCUGCCCCUCACCCGGCUUCCCAGCUGCCUCCACUGCCUGCCCAGACUCAGGACGUGGGCGGGCAGAAGGCCCCCUGCCAGGCCCUCUUCCUAGCAGAGCAGGGCCUGAUCCCAGGGAUGCCUUGCUGGUUCCCCACCUCCCCGGGCCAUGUGCAAGGCCAAGCCUUUCCGGCCCGGAGGGGCUGCUGACUGGAGUCAGCGCUGCACAGCUGUGUCCCUGCUGGGGAGGAGUGGGGGGCUUGUUCUUAAAGCACAGCCCUUUGGGGAAACAGUGAACCGGUGAGCUCCCCACAGGGCAUCGUCCUCUCCAUCUCCGAGGGCCACCGGCCAGUCCGGGCAGCUCUGCGCCAGGCCAGAAGCCUCUGCCCUUUCCAGAGAAGGAACUUUAUUUGCACAAUUGGGUGCCUUUAAGCAUUUGUGUAUUGAAAUGGGUAUUUUGGAAGCGGGAGUCCAGGGACGGCUUACAAAGGAUAGGUCUUCUGCCCUGAGUGCCUGGGCCUCAGUCUAGUCCCUUCCCCGGGGAACUGAGGAGGGGCGCCAGGGUAGUUGAGGCCCCCGGUGUGGGGGGUGGGAUCUAGUCUUCCCUCCCAGCCCUGUCCUCUUAGAAAGGCCUGGUUUUAGCUGGGAUGGAUGGAGCGGGCCAGACUCCCGUUGGUAGUGGGCACCCUUGUCAUUGAGGCUGAGGACAGCUGGCCCCUGGAUGAGCUCUGGGGGACCCAGGACAUCAUCCAGCUCAGAUGGCCCCUCACCUCCCGUGUCACAGCUGAAUGAAACCAAGGUCAGCCUCGCCAGCAGCCGCGAUGGCACUGUGCCCUGCCCCGCUUUGGGGGGAUGCCAUCUGGUCCCUUCGCCUCGCUUCCCUCCCCCAACCCUGCCUUACUCCACACCACGCGACAAUCAUUUUGUAUGGCCAGCGGGAGCAACACAGCAAGGUUUUGUACAUCGGUGUUUUGUUACCUAGAAAACCCACUAUGUCUCCGGGUUUCUGGCAUAUUAAUAAAAAAGGCCUCUGCUUUGUAA